CCAGGGGCUCUUUCUCUCGCGGUCCAUUUCUCCACCUGCUCCCCGGAGGCACACUCAUUGUCCCCACGGCUAUAAACACUUCAUUGAGCAUGUGGCAGCCCUGCGCUCCCUCAAGCCCUUCCCAGCGCUCCCAUUGGCUCCGGGGACUGUGAGAAACUCCGACAGGACUCAGACUCACACAUUCAUAUGGAGAUGUGCGUGUAUAAAUACGGGACAGGAGCAGCGGAGACGGGGCAGCACAGACUCGACCCGGCUCUUCACGCUGAGCUGAAAGCGCUCCUCUUACUCUCUGCAGCAGCGAUGGCGCCCACUGCUUACGGCCAAGCCAGCAAGGAGCACCUGACUCCCGCUCACAAGCUGAGAAAGCCGAUGGUGGAGAAAUUACGCAGAGACCGCAUCAACACCAGCAUCGAGCAGCUGAAAUCCCUGCUGGGUCCCGAGUUUCUCCGGCAGCAGCCGGACUCGAAGCAGGAGAAGGCCGACAUCUUGGAGAUGGCCGUGUCGUACCUGAGGAGCUGGCAGCAGCAGCAGCAGCACUUGACCUCCGGCCCCAUGACGGCCAGGGACGGCUACUCCCGCUGCGUCCAGGAGGCCGUCGGCUUCCUGUCCCGCAGCGAGGUCCAGACUCAGGCUCACCGGCUGCUCCUCGGCCACUUCCAGGGCCUGCAGGCGUCCGGCAGGAACGGCCUGGGCAGCCCCUCUCCGCCCGGCUCUCCCCUCCAUCGGGUCAGCUCCAGCAAGGACCUGGGCCCGACCGGCGGCUCUCUGUGGAGACCCUGGUGAAACCUCCCAACAGAGAGAGCGAGCGAUCACUACGUCUGUGAACGUCAUGGACAGAAAAGUAAAAGACUCCCCUGGAGUCUAACUUCCUUCAACCUUGGGCACAAGUUUGACUCCGUGUACUGAAGUUGUGCUGGUGUUCCCAGGGAAGGACUGAAAACAGUCGGGCUGUACUGAAUAUCCACACCAUGUGUGUUCGUUCCUUCAAAAGACUUACUCUGUGAUUAGUCGCUUCUCUGUUCCUGACUGGAACGUUAAUGGAAAGCCUUUUGCUGUGCCGUUUGAACCAUGUUGGUUUUAUUUUCUUUAAGUGUCUGAGACAUUUGCCGGAACAAUCUGUGUAUCGAUACUGAGUACCAGCGAUUUAUAUGUUUCAUCAUUUUGCAGGUGAUGAAGUUUUAUCGAGCCAGUGGCUCCAUGUUUACUGUAAUCCUGUUGGGAUUAUGACACGUGUCUUUGUAACCAUUGUUUGGCUUUUAUCUGAAUGGGUGUAACCAGGAGUUCUGUUUCCUGUCUGCUUAUGACGUCCAUAAUAGAUGUUUCACAUCUUUUACUCAAUGCCUUUUAUAAAGGUAUUGUAUUCUCGCUUCAGACUUUACUGAAACAAUCUCUCCUGUUGCUUCUGUGAGAAGUUUGCAUUUGAAAAUGUGAAAUAAAUCAACUUCUGAUGAAGUUUUAAACACAGAAA